UUGAAAUAUUAUUUGCUCAUUGUGUGCAGCCAGAGAAUAUUAUUGAAGGCCGCCUCCAGAGCCAUCGCUCGGCCCCUUGCCCCGCCUCGCUCAGGCCCCACCACUGGGGGCGUCGUGGCCCGCGGGGCUGGGGCCGCCGCGGUACUAGCGGCCUCAGAAAAGCCAAGGAGGACCCCAAGUGACUUUACUUUGAAGUCUUAAACACUCACGGCCAGUCUUUUGCACGGCCCGAGUGUGUGCCGAGGAACGAUCGGGAGUGGAACGGACGAAACAUUGUGGGCGCGGCCCAUUAUGAUUGUGUCAACCCCCCAUAACAAGAGGAGAUUGCCUCGUCAGUCUCGGCCGCUGAUUGGUGGAGGUUCUGGGUGACGCCCCUGGGCGGAGCCAACCACAAGAUUAAGCUGGUGACCGCAAGAAGGUUUGCCGCCCGUCGGGGGAAGUGGAAGUGGCGGGCCGAGGCGCCCCUCUCGACCACCUACGACGCCGGCUUCUUCACCUGACACGGAGCGAGUAAUUUUACAGCCGAGUCAUUGUUCACUUUAGAUCUGGCGAUGUUUUGAACCCACUGGCCGCUCCUGAACAAGUCUGGUCCGCCACUUGCCGUUCCCUCCGACGGCGGCCGCAGAAAAAAAGAGGAGGAGUCGGAGAGUAAAUGUACUGAUUAAACAACUCAUUCCCGCAACUAUGAUUAGAAGUUAUCAGGGAGACGAGGCAGGCAGGCCACCGGAGCGGGAAGGGGCCGCGGGAAACGAGCCGCGCGCAAGAACAAGAUUACGUUGUCCCGCCGAAUAAACCAACACGGCGGUGACGGCGGCGGGCGAGGCCGGCGGCGGCGAGCCUGGAGGCGGAGGUGGAAAAAUACCACACAAAAUUAUGCGUCCCCGGCAGAGGAUAAAGUAAAGUCGUCGGUGGCGAGGGGGGAGGAAGGGGUCGCGGAGCCAUUAAUGAGGGGAUGAUGGAAGAGGAUGAUUCCUGAGGGCUGAGUCAACUUCAUCAGGGCCGUGGCGGGCGGUCCCUCUGCCGCCCGUCGGGCCUGGGAGGCGGCUGGGCAGGGACAAAGAAAAAAGUAAAAAGGAGCUUCACUGGGCCCUGCAUGGCUUCACAGCGCAUACAUCCUGAGGGCGAUGUGGUGCUGAUUCGGGGGAGGAGACGGCCAGAUUGAAUUAGCUGGAGGAUUAAAAAAAAGGGGAAGCUUCUGCCCCUCCUAUUCACCUUGUACCCUCCCUUCCUCCCCCCCCCCCUUCCUCCGCCUUGCUCGGGUCUGCUAAUCGUUAGAACAUAAAAAGUCAAGUAAAUAAGUGAAGGUGUUGCGCCCCUGACCCCGCCUCCCGCCGGUCUGACUCCGCUUCCCCCGCCGCGCUGUCACUCAGGCUUCACGCCCCCUCGCCCUCCCUCCCGCCGCCCUGCCUCGCCUCGCCGCUCGCCUCAAAUACCCGAGCUCCUCCCGCCCCAGUCAGGAGGUACAAACAUUUCUAAGAUUGUGUCCCCGAGCCCGUGCUGCAGGCCGUGCUCGCCGGGGACGUCGGGGCGGCGCGAGGUAGGCGGGUCGCGGCGACGCCUCCAGGACACGGGCAGCCGCUGGGGACCAUCGGCAACUCGGCGACUCCCUCCCCCAACUGUCAUGGCGGCGCUCACAGCUUCAUCAACCGAGUUCUCUCUCGCGCGCGAUUUCCUUAAGCAAGAAGCCCUUUUGUAACCCAGUGGCCGGGGCCCCCCUGGUGCUGGCGUGUGGCGGCGUGCCUCGGAAAGCCGAGUUAUAAUAAAGGCAAUUACCUGGCGAAAUUACCUUACGAAAACAAAGUUACUCUCUUGUAAUUCUGUGCUAUCGUGCGGGGGCUGCCUUAAGUCUGCUUUACGACCCGCACGGAGGCUGUCUGCUUGGCCCCAUUAGGCUGCUGGAUAAUGCCUGACCAAAUACAUUAAAAAGCAUUAGCGGAGACUGACAGCCGACGCGGAGGAGGACGAGGGUGAGGCGCGAGACUGGGCCGAGAUAUGAUAAUCUUCUCGACCACAGGACGUGAGUGAGCGAGUGAGUCAGUGAUUGAGUGAAAACUUCUGGAAAAAAAAAGACGACACGAAGAAAAGAGAAAGAGAGAAAGAAUAAGACAUGAGACGGCUAAAGCGAUUCUGAAAGUGAUGAAGGACCAAAAGGAGAAAAUAGGCAUUCCACACAUGCACGUGACGGACAAAAGUGGAUCCAGUGAAUGAUGAAAGUGAAAAGUCUGACCACAGGAGGACGAAAUGAUGUUGAUGCUCGUGGUCUGACUGUCCCCCUGGCAAACUGAGGGACAUCCAGCACCAAAGAGGGAAAAGAAAACGGACAUUGAGGAUAAGGACCAUAUUCUCAAACGCUUCGACACACUCACAUUUGACAGGGUUUUUGAAGGGGUAUUGGGCAUUUCCAGAGGUACAUUUAUGACCCUGGUGGUAGUUUGACCCCUCUUCUGUACCUUAAACGUGAAAAAACACCCAUGAAAACCCGAUUAAACUCCAUAUUAGCCUUUGAAAAUAUGACAUGAGAGGUGGAAGCAUCUGAGAAUACCCAUCUAAGAGGCUGGUUGGGUGGGUGCGUGGGUGUGGCUGGGUGAGUGAGUGAGCGCGUGAGUGAGUGAGUGAGUCGUGGAGGCGAAGGCAUCAUCCAUGAAGACAAGAGCAUCCAUGAGACCAAUCCUUCAUCUUUGAGUGCCUCCCCAAUUGCCUCUUCCUUCUCCUCCUCUUCCUCUUCCUCCUCCUCCUCCUUCUCCUACUCGUCCAUCACCUCCUCUUUCUUUUCCCCUUCUUCGCUCUCUCCUUCUACACCUCGUCCCCAUCUUUCUCUUCCCCUUGUUUUUCCUUAAACCCAAAGACAUUUUUACCCUUAUAAGAGAGAGAGUGAGAGCGAGAGAGCGAGAGCGAGAGCGAGAGCGAGAGAGAGAGAGAGAGAGAGAGAGAGAGAGAGAGAGAGAGAGAUAACGACCUUCUACCCACUCCUGACAAUGAAGUGAUAAAACAGACAGAGACUCACUUUUUCCUGUGUGUGCGUGUGCGUGAGCGAGUGUGCGAGUGUGUGUGUGUGUGUGUGUGUGUGUGUGUGUGUGUGUGUGUGUGUGUGUGUGUGUGUGUGUGUGUACGCGCAUUCACACCCUCCGCACCCGCGGCAGCAUCAAGCUCUGUCUCCACCCCGCCACCUCACACCCACCAUCGCACCCACGCCCAGGCUUCUACACGCCCUGCCUGCCCCAUACCCCCCAGCCUGCCAGCCGCGCCCUCGCACACACUCCCGCGGGAUGAGUGUGGUGGAGGAAGCGGGGCUAUUGAAGGCACGCGCCACCGACUUCUCCAUCGCUGCCAUCAUGGGGGCGGCGGCCAAAAUGACGCCGGCGGCCAGAGAGGGCAAGCUGUCGCGGACGCCCUCGCCGCGGCCUCUCUCUCUGCCCGAUGAUGACCAAGAGCCGCCGGAGGUCACGUCCUCUUCAGACGCCGCUAAGGACGACCCCGACAACGCUACGAGCCCUAAAAGCACCACCUCCUCCUCCGACGGCCGCGACUCGAAGCGAGCGCGGCUGGAGGGCUCCUGCAACUGUGAGGACCUGCGGGGUGUCACCUGCUACCUGGAGACCAAGGAGCUGUGGGAGAAGUUCCACGAGUUGGGCACCGAGAUGAUCAUUACCAAGACGGGAAGGUAAGUCAUGUUGGACCGUCCGUGCACGGCUGUUGCUUCCUCGGCGGCAGACGGGUCAAUGCCAUUUAUUAGUCCGUAUCCGUGACAUUUUUCUGUGUGUCUUAGGAAGGAUACAGGCGACAGAGGCUGAGUCUCACUCCCCUCUCAGCUAUGUAAAAAGCAUGCACAUUCUAUCUCAGCAUAGAGUACUGGGCUACAUAUAGAGGUUCACUGGUGGGCUGCGGGCAAUCCGACUGUCCAUGCGAAUAUCGUGGCUGAUUUAUCUGCCAAGCUUAAUAUCCGAAAGAGAUCGCUGUUACGCGAUGAUGAGCGCCACUUCCUGGCUGUAUGAUGAUAGACGCUACAUUCUGACGGUGUUGUUACGAGCUAUAUGCAGAAAAGUUCCUCAGUACACCUGACAUGAGGCUCGUUUAACCAUCCAAAUACAUAUGAAAUCUGAGCAAUAACUUU